AUGUCCCAAGUCCUCGCGGAGUGGGGGGUUGGCCUGGCGGUCGCCGCCGAGCCGUACCGCGUGCCUGAUCACCCACAUUGGGUGGGCGACGCGGACGGUUUGGUGGCGACGGUAUGGGGAGGUGGCGACGGGUCCCCGCCGUUCUCCAUUCUGGAGCGCGGUCGGGGUUUCGUCGCCGUGGACUGGGGGGGAGUCGCCGUAGUGGGGUGCUACAUCUCGCCCCGCAGCGGUCACGCCGCGUUCGAGCUGUACUUGGCCGAGGUCGCGGCAUGCGUGCAGCGCUGCGCGGCCCGGCCGGUGCUGGUCCUGGGGGACUUUAACGCCAAGUCGGUGGCUUGGGGAUCCCCUAGGACCACCGUUCGCGGCGGGAUCCUGGGCGACUGGGCGGCGGGGCUCGACCUUCG